AUGGGCACUGACUUUGUUCGAGUUGACCUGCGAAACAGCAUCUGGGAGAUUCCCAGCCGCUACGAGAACCUGCAGAUUCUCGGCUCGGGCGCCUACGGCCUGGUCUGCUCCUCCUAUGACCGCUCCCGGCAGAUCAGCGUGGCCAUCAAGAAGAUCUCCAGUCCUUUUCAGACGCCGAUUCACGCCAAGCGAACCUAUCGCGAGAUCAAGCUGCUCAAGCAUAUGCGCCAUGACAAUGUAAUCGGACUGCUGGACGUGUUUACGCCGUCGCCGACGCUGGAGAGCUUCUCCGAGGUGUACCUCGUUAAUCAGCUGAUGAGCUCCGACCUGAACAAGAUCAUCAAGAGUCAGCGCCUGAGCGACGACCAUGUUCGCUUUCUUGUCUACCAGAUGCUGCGUGGACUCAAGUACAUUCAUUCCGCCGGAGUGAUCCACCGAGACCUGAAGCCGAGCAACAUCGUGGUGAAUGAGGACUGCGAGCUGAAGAUUGUCGACUUUGGUCUGGCUCGCCAGUCGGAGAGCGAGAUGACCGGCUACGUGGCCACGCGAUGGUAUCGCGCUCCCGAGGUGAUGCUCAACUGGAUGCACUACAAUGUCACCAUGGACAUUUGGUCGGUGGGCUGCAUCAUGGCGGAGAUGAUCACCGGACGUCCGCUCUUUCCCGGCGCCGAUCACAUUGACCAGCUGCUGAAGAUCAUGAAGCUGUGCGGCACGCCGGACGACGAGUUCAUGAAUCGCAUCACCAGCCAGGAGGCGCGCAACUACAUUCGCACGCUGCCGCUCAUGCAGAAGAAGGACUUCAGGGCUGAGUUUCGCAAUGCCAAUGACCACGCCGUCAGCCUCCUCGAGAAGAUGCUGGAGCUUGACUACGAAAAGAGACUGACUGCCGAACAGGCGCUGCAGCAUCCAUAUCUGGCCGACUACGCCGAUCCCACUGACGAACCAAUUUCGGAACCAUUUGACGACUCAUUCGAAGACUCUAACCUCUCGGUUACCGAGUGGAAAAAGCUGAUCUACAACGAGAUCACCAACUUCACGCCGCCUGCAAACUGA